AUGCCUCCUGCUCCAAAGCGACGGCGCUGCGUGCUUGAGGAAGGCCAUGAGGCCCAAAGCGUUGCCGUGGCUGUGGAAGAGGAUGACUCCUCAUCCUCCUCCACCAGCUCCUCUUCUUUUCCGUCCUCCUCGUCCUCUUGCUAUCCUCUGAUCUCCAGUACCCCAGAGGAUGUUAAUACUCCCAGUCCUUCACAGAGCCCUCUGAGUGCCUCCCCCUCUAGCCCCCCCACUGCUGUCGCCUCUGCUCCACUGAGCCAAUACGAGGAUGUCUCCAGCAGCCAAAAAGAGGAGGGUCCGAGCACCUCACAGGCCCUGCCAGAUGCCGAGUCUUCUCACAGAAAUGGGAUUGAUGACAAGGUGGCCGCUCUGCUGGAGUUCCUGCUCCUCAAGUAUCGCACCAAGGAGCCGACCACAAAGGAAGAAAUGCUAAACAUGGUCAUCAAAGAUUGCCAGGACCACUUCCCUGUGAUCUUCAGUGAAGUCUCGGAGUGCAUGCAGCUGGUCUUUGGGGUGGACGUGAAGGAGGUGGAACCCAGGGAGCACACCUACAUCCUGGUCACCACCCUGGGCCUCACCUGCGAUGGGAUGCUGGGUGAUGAGCAGGGCUUCCCCAAGACUGGCAUUCUGAUACUUAUCCUGAGCUUAAUCUUUAUGGAGGGCAAAUGUGCCCCUGAGGAGCAGGUGUGGGAAGUACUGAAUGUGAUAGGGGUGUAUGCCGGGAUGGAGCACUUUAUCUAUGGGGAGCCCAGGGAGCUUAUUACCAAAGCGUGGGUGCAGGAGGGUUACCUGGAGUACCGGCAGGUGCCCGACAGCGACCCUGCCCGCUAUGAGUUCCUGUGGGGACCCCGGGCCCACGCGGAGACCAGCAAGAUGAGUGUCCUAGAGUUUUUGGCCAAUAUCAAUGGAAGUGACCCUAGAUCCUUCCCUCUGUGGUAUGAAGAGGCUUUGAGAGAUCAGGAAGAGAGAGCCCAGUCUGCAGUUGCUAGCACAGAUGAUACUACUGCCAUGGCCAGUACAAGUGCUGGUGCCAUGUCCAGCAGCAGCUUCUGCCCUGAGUGA